UAGUGGUACAGUCCGUCCCGUUAGUUUGUUGUGGUGGGAGUCCCUCCUUCGCUCAGCAGUUGCCGGCGACUACCGAGUGCACGUACGUGAGAAUACGAGCUGGUCCUGACCGACAAAGGGGUUAAAUGAUGAAUUUCCAUCGUUUGGCCGCUUUAGUAGGAGCUAUGGUGUGCCUGUGCAAUGGCAUGUACGUCACAGUGCCGGAGAAGCAGCAGUCCGCCAUGCUCUUCCAGUCAGUGGUCCUACCGUGUCACUACCGGACAUCUUCCACACAACAGCCGGUGGUGCAGUGGUGGUACAAGUCCUUCUGUGAUGACCGUACCGGCGACUCCUUCUUGCCACGCCACCUGCCGGGUACGAAGGCCUCAGGGAAGGCCGACAAGCCCCACGUGGACUGCGCCGACAGGUUCCGCACGGUUCGGGUGGUGGCUUCGGCGCAAGGAUCCACUAUGACGCGGGCGGACUACUACACGAACAGGGACGUUUCCAUCAUAAACAAAGCAGACCUGCGGAUCGGGCAGGUACAGUGGGGCGACAGCGGAGUGUAUUUCUGCAAAGUCGUCGUCUCCGAUGACCUGGAAGGCACUGACGAGGCCCAGAUGGAGUUACUGGUGCUAGGCAGGACAUCUGAGCAGGCUGAUAUCCUACCUGAGUUUGAUGUGGAGAUUAUGCCAGAGUGGGCAUUCGUAGGCUGUGUGGGUCUGGGCAGCAUCUUGUUCCUACUGCUGAUGGGCAUCUGCUGGUGCCAGUGUUGCCCGCACUCCUGCUGCUGCUAUGUAAAAUGUUGCUGCUGCCCUGAAACCUGCUGCUGCCCACGACACUUAUACGAGGCCGGGAAGAAGGCGAAGAGCGGGCCGCCCGCUCAGAUGCAAAUGUAUCCGUACUUCAUUCCUGGAGUCCCCACUGUGAUGCCUCUUGGCCCUAAAUCACACCCGGAGGCAAAUCUCACCUCUGUUGUCUCUGUCCCCUCGAUGGCCUCUAUCCCUACAUUGGAAAAUAACCUGGCUGGUGUCUGCAGUGAUUACCGCCUGAAAGCCAGGCAGGACCACAGGGGCUCAAUGCAAGUUGUGUACCGCAUAAAAAAUGAGUUGGCUCAGGUUCCCACUGCCAAGAUGGCUACACUCCAACCCGCUAGUCUGUCAGAACUCAGCUCUCUCCAUGAGGGAAGAAAUGCUGAUUUUAGACACACCUACCACACCGUCCAGGUGAAGGCGCUGCCGCCCAUUGCCGACGCUGACGAUCAAGUGUCUGUGAGAACGGCUCCGCGCGCACAAGGCAGAAGACGGAGGGAACGAGACAACUACUCUGACGAUGAACUGGAGAGGUGGAACGCUUGCUCAGAGCACACCCAGAGAAAGCCUUUGAGCAGGAGGGGCCGCACUGGCUCACUUGACGAGCUGGAGGAUUUUGCACGGUCAUACAAUUCCCGCAGUCGUCGGGCCGAGCUCCCGGAUAACGGGGAUUACAGCCCUCCGAGACGUCGCAACAGAGAUGAUGACGAAGGCUGGGAUCCCGGCAGCCGCUUGCCUUUACCACAGAAGAGAAGGGGCACAUGGGAUGGCGAACUUGCCUCCCAACCGGCCUAUUACGAGGACUAUGAUGGCGCUUUCCUGACCCACGUGAUGGAGAGUAAAGCGAGGGGAAACAGGGGCGCCGCGAGGCCAGCUGAGGACAGCGACACUCUGUCCAAAGGCAAAGGUGGCAACAGCUCCUACAGUCGCUCACCUAGCCACCGUCCGGACGAGGAGGAUCCUUUGCCUCCGUACUCUGAGUGCGAAGCGGAGCACUGGUACCGUACCAGAGGAUCUGUGAGAACAGAGCGCUUGGACAGCUCAGAGUCUACCAUGAGGGCUUCCUCGCACACACGCCCCAAGCAGGGGAUGUCCGCCCCACCGCAGGAGAUAGACAGGAGACGCAACUUGAGCACAACACUGAGCAGGAACACUCUCAAACUGUGACCAUUGCUUCGCACCCGUCCUGUUGGUCUAACGCCAUCCUUUCUGCCAGACAGAAUGCGCCAGAUUAAUGACUUGCUAGACUGGAAGGACCUUACCAGGGCCUCACCUUUGGAUGCUACAGUUUUAUUUUUGUAACAGUGCAACUCAGGUUGGUUUUGAAUUUGUGCCUGUUCUAAUUAAUGUAUAGAUAUGGAUAUCUUUCUGUUUGUAAACAAUAAAACUUGCAAUUGUUCUGAAGAAGAUAUUUGCACUCUUCAAAUAAAAGACAACUACUUUCCGAAA